GUUCAAACUUCAAAUCUUUUGAAGGUUGCUAAGUUUUUUUCCUCGAAGUGGUGUAUUGUAAUUUUGCCGCACCUCUCAGCUUGACAGGGCAGGCAUUUCUCGACAGUCCUUGUGAGCAACAUUUAGACGAAAAGUGUCUUUUUCCUCGCUAUCAACGUGUGCUCUAAAGUCUCUCUAAGAACUUGUAGGAUAUGAACAGUGUUUGGAUUAGGUUUUGGCCACGGUGGUCUCGACCGCAGUGUUAUGCCGGAGUUCAUCCAGAAUUAUGCCAACCAUGUCGCUGAAACAAACGAUUUUUGUUAACCAUUUUGGUGCAGUUUAUCAGAAAAUGCAGAAAAGCAAAGUUUUGUCAGCACAGAAAAAUACGCAAUGAACUCUACAAAAUCAUUGGACCAUGUCUGCUACGACUUUGUGCCAAAUUCACAGAGCGUCAUGUUUCUGGUUUAUAAGUGAAGAAUGGCUAUGAGGAAGCCAACGGAGUUCGAGGACUCUCUCAGCUCAUUGAGGACCAGCGAGGGUUGGGGAUUUGACGAGCAGCCGCACAGUGUUCACUCCCGUGGCAUCCACAAGACGGGCUCCGUCUCCUUUCAGAACGCCUUGCUCGAUCUAAAGAAAGACCAAGAGCUGAUCGAAGUAGACGAGGAGGACAGUGAUGCCGCCGAAGAACCACCACCGGAUAAAUAUCAACCUCAAGGUCGGUCAGAGGACCUCUCUGAUCAAGCAGCUGAAAUUGGUAACGAGGAAGCGGGGUCGUCCAGAACAAGGACUGUGAGCAUAAACCGAGGACGAAAGAAGGACUUGAAGCAGACACAAUCCAGCUCAAAAGUUGAGGAAGGACCCGAUGUCUCCUCUCACUCUGAUGGGAGGCCGCAAGGAGCAGUUAACAGUCGGAGCACCGAUUUGGAGACGGGAGAAUCGGCGAAUGGUGAUCACUCUACUUCUCCGCAGGAGGUCAAAAAUGAUUCGGGGAACAGAUUGGGGGGAGUAGCCACCAGGGGCCCUAACUCUGACACCAUCGGCUCGCCCCGUACCGCUGGGCUGGUUCCACACCCUCCAACUGCACCCAGUCCAAGACCAACGCGCCGCCAUUCCAAGACACGCCGUUCCGAUUCUUCAAACGCCCCUAAGAAGGCUCCUCAGGGUGCAGCUACUCACCUCAAACCGAAACUGGAUCUCUCGUUCAGGGAGACCGUGACGGUGAGUGAUGAGGGAAGCGACAAGAGCCCGUUGCCGGAACUCCGGGAAUCCAGGCGGCCAUUUUCGCACGAUAAUUUUCUCAGCAAGCCCACCGAGAAAGUUUUCCUCUCUCGUGCACACUCGCCAGUACUCAGACGUAAGAAAUCUUCGGGAGUCUUGAGUCCUGUGCCUGCUCGUAGACGCAGCGAGUACGAUCAACCUAUGAGAUUUCUAUCGGAUAAUUACCAAAGCACCCAAACACAACCACUCCACCAGGCGAGCCCAGCGACCCACGCCUUCGUGCCAUCAUUGGACAGUGCUAGCUCCAGCAGGCCCGAUGGGGCUGACAUGCAACAUUUCUCCUCCGUCAACCUGCCCCCAAUCUCGAGUCCGACCCGUCACCGCCGGUACAGCAGCGUGGUCCCGCCGGCCCUGGCCAGCCCCACUGACCCCUCCAAGCACGUGUCUUCGAGCAUCCUGGCCCAAACUUUCGGUGGGAAAGGCGGGGGAGGCGUCGGCAUAGCCAAGCAGCGCCGCGUCUCUCAGGCCGUAAACGAACUUUUGCACAUCGAGGAAAUCCGCCGAGCAAGUGAGAUGCGGAACAUCGUUUCCUCUGGACAGCCGGGUCUGGUUGCAAGGGAUAUCCGGUCGCAGAAUCUGGGGGACAUGAUGCAUAGACUCAAGGACUGUAGGUACCUGAGAGCCUCGACCAACGAAGAGGAACUUGUAUGACUGAUUUAAGGAUUGUUGCUUUCAAUAGGCUCUAUGCACGAGUCAGCAAUGAGGUAGUCAUUUUGGAAACGUGAGAGUGGAAAGGAAGUUGUGAAAUCCGUUACAAUCCGGUCUAACACAAUCUGACUUGAUGAUUUGAUUAGCUGAUGAAGAUUUAAAUCUUGUGCUUGAAGUGUCCUGAAGAUAAACCGUGUCUUGGCAUACACUCAAAUUGUAGAAUAGUUUGGCAUCAUCCCACUCGACAGUUUUGUAGUUUUUUAAACGGAAAAUUGCUCGAAAAUACCUAUCCUGUGGUUACGUCUAAGGUUACUGCCUUAUUACAGAUGUCUGUGACAGUUUAACAUUACUUCCAAGUACAUGUAGAAUACGUGAUAUUUUCGUCCACGGCAUGAAGUGGUAGAGCUUCGCACGGUGUGUUGAAUGCGCAAGAGACCAAAAUACGUAAAACAAAAGCCAUAAACAACCAAAAAUGAAAUUAUUUCUCUUCAACCUCUUUUCUUAAUACAUGUAUAAAGUACAGAAAUCGUUAAAAUGUGUAACUGACCGAAAUGUGUGAUGCAUAGGCCCUACACAGAUUAUGAAGGAAUCACUUUCUAGAAAGGGACUGAGUUGUUCACACCGUUAGUUCGGCUGGCAAUUUCUAAGCUUAAAUGUAUUGGACUACUUUCAGUUACCGUGGAGACGAAGAAAUCGCUAGGUUGAAUUUAAACUUAUACCACCUCCUGAAUAUAGAACAUCGUCAAAAUUACGGUCAACAUUUUCAACCUAAUUAUCGAUUCAAAGUAAAACCUAGCCAGUUUUCUACUUUUUUUUCUGUUGAUUAGGUGUGCAUAGUAAGUGACAUACAAAGUUAGGGCGUUUUGUUGGAAGUUGUAAUCAGAGAUGUCAUCCAUUUUUGCUAGCACUGUGUUGUUUGCAAAACCUUUCACCACGUAGUUACGGGUAUUUCGGAGCGAUUUAAGGCUGCACGCGUAUGUUUGUUAGGACUAAAAUACAGACAUUAGCAUUUUAGGCUAACCUUGGAAACUUCUGAAGACUGUAACAAAGCGAAUAUCACCAAAAGCCUAAGCCGUCUGAGAAUUCGUCCUAUUCCCCGUAGGCCUGCAGUUACAGUGGGCAGUUGUCGAUCGGUGGUGGACGCUCGAGGGCAGGGGCUUUCUUGUCUGAGCUGAUCUGGAUUUCGUGAUUUGUUUGUGUUGUUGUGUGUUUCACUUUAUACAUUGUUUAAUUUUGGCAAUAUUUGUCGCCUUUUUAAAAGCAGUUAUUUACAUCUGGCGAAAUAGAUUAAACCAUGGAGGAAGGAAGCUUCCUUCGUGAUUAAACUGGUUUGAAGGGUGCAUUCCACCAAAUGGUU